AUGCCGAUGAUUAUUUGUGUUGUUGGUGACUAGUUAGGAGCUGUUCUCAUAUGUACGUUGUCGUGAAGAAAUAGACCAGAUUUGCUGAUUGAAGAGAGUACUUCUAAUAAAGUGGUGACAAAGUUGUAACAAUGGCUGAAACCCCAUUCAGAGGAAAUGGUGAGGAUGACGAAUCAGACGGUUUUGACGAGUCUAUAUUGAAGGGUCUAGAGGUCGUGGAUACGUGGUAUGACGACGACGAGGAGGAGGAGGAGGAGAGGAGAGGCAGUAUGGAACAACAGACUAGCUCCUCGAGGGCUAGCAGGGAAGUGGACAGAUUGGGUAGGAACGAAGAGAAAGAGGAAAGAAGACACAGGGGAAGAGAACACAGCAAGGAGAGUGAGAAGGAAAGAGAAAGAGAGAAAGAGAGGGAGAGGGAGAGGGAGAGAGAAAGGGACAAACGCCUUAGGGAUAGGGAAUCUACAACAGCAAAGGAAAAGUGGUAUACGGAAAGGACAAGUAGGGAGGACCCCAGGAAAAGACGACUUGAAGAGGCGGAAAAAGAACUGCUCAAAUUACAGCAGAUAAAUGAACGCAGGGCCAAAGAAGGCCGGCCAUUAGUAAAACUACCUGUGAGUGGUAUAAGGCGCACACUGGAGGAAUUAAAUGAGCGCCGGGCAAAAAUGGGCCUGCCAUUAUUAACAGUCCCUUGUGAAGAAACACCACCGAAAAGACAAAUAGCACUGAAAGGCCGGGAUACAAAAGAAGAUUAUGCUGGUGAUCACAAGUAUAAGGGUAGCAAACAGUCUGAGGAAAAUCGCAUAGUGAAAUUAGAGCAUUUGGAUGAAGAUCUCCCUGGCACACGAGCAAAGAAAUUACAACUUGCCAGAUACAACAAAGCUUCAGAACGCUCACGGAAUGUAGCGAGAUCAUCUGGCUCUGAUGACAGAUCACAUAAAUACCAGAAUGAUCCAUAUGCCAGAACAAAACAGCCAGAAGAAAAAUUAACGAGCAGUCAAAAUGUCUGUGUUACACAAGUUUUGAGGAAUGCUCCAGGAAGCUACACGACAUCGGUAAUAACAUACAACACGAACAUAACCAAGGGGUCGUCAGUGUCACAGUAUUCGACUGUUGUCCAGACUUCCAUCGACGACGAUCUGCCAGUCGCUCCUCCUCCACCACCUAAGCUGGGACCAAUAUCUUUCAAGAUAGGUCAGUCGUCAAAAAGUUCUAAGCCCGCCACAGCCUUGGCACUCAGUGAAGAAGAAGAAGAUGACGACGACAAAAUUGAAGAAGAUGACGACGACUUCAAACCUUCUUGUUUAAGUCAGCGCUUGUUGGCAGCAACAAAAUCGCACAAAAAUAUGGAGGUCAGCACUUACAAAAGGAUGGACAAUAAGAAGAAAGUGUACACUUCCGAUGCCUCAUUGGAUAGCAUAUCGGAGACAUCAUCGCCAGAAAGGGAUCUUCAGCUGUCCCCUGUCUCAUCAGAUCCAGAAAGGGCCGUGAGUCCAGUUACCCGAACUUCUAAGCUGCGGCACAGGCAAACAUCACAGUCUUAUGCGAGUGAGGCUGCACCUCCUCACUUCUCCCGCCAGAGACGCAGAGUUCCAGUUUCACGGACUCCAUCGCCCCCAAUGAAACGGAAACGCGACAGUCCUGUGGAGACAAAGUUGAGCACGCGUGCAUCGGCAGCUGCCGCGGGGUACAAAUUGUCUAAGGAGCGCCCUCGUACUGCAUCGAUCUCUCCGGAGCCCCACGGCGGUGGGUACGGGUCACCGUCCGGGCGCGGUGCGUCUCCAGCAGAGCACGGAUCACGUCGAAGGCACCGCUCACCUUUCUGGCGUGAGAUACAGCGCACACUUGCUGAAGAACAGGCACUGAAGCGAAAGCAGAUGAAUGAAAUUGGGUCGCACCAUUCUCCGGUGGCAUCCCACCAUUCUCCGGUGCCACCGUCACAACAGACAAUGUACAGUGGAGGACAACCACUGUACCAGUCCGGGUUGCCUCCGUCGGUGCCCGUGCCGCCUCAGGCAGUCACCGUGCCGCCUCCGGCAGUCUCCGUGGUGCCUCCCCACCCUCAUCCGCCGGGAGUGGUGAACAGCUACGCACCCCCAGGAAUGCCGCAUACGGGUGCUCCACACCACGGGCAACUUGUCGGAUACCCUGUCCAGACUCCACAGCAGUACAUGCCACCCACCAAUCAUUACUACGAGCAGCCGGCUAAUCAGUGGCAGACACAGCCCUGGACACCACAGGGAAGUUACCCGGUCGGCCCGUCGCAGCCGAUUGCAGCACCUGUGGCGCCUCCCCACCCAGCUGUUGCCCCCGCUGUGCCAGUCGCUCCCAUAGCCGCUCCUGCACCUGUGGCAGCUCCGGCACCAGCUCAGCCGUAUGUACCGCCACAGCCCGUGCCACCCGGAUCUGGAACAUUCAACUUCGUCCCGCCACCAAAGUCUAAAGCCCAGACAAAGCGCGAGAGGCAACUUGCGGAGUUCCAGUUUGUCCGACCUGCCAUCAAACCAACUGUUGACAAAGGACAGAAGCAGAAUCAGGACUACCAAGCAGAAGAGCCAGUGUCGAUGGAACGCUAUCUAGUGCUGCAGAGGUGCCAGGAGGCAAUCCGUUCACUACUUGUGGACGAGGGGCUCGACAUGCCGGGCCGCUUCGUGCUGCGUCAACGUAAUAUCCAGCCACUCUACAUCGGAGGCAGGAGUGUCCCGAGUGACCAGUGCUCACCACUUCUGCGUGACUGGCAUGUGCGUCUUCUCAGAUUUACUGCCCCACCUGUGGGGACAGCACGAUACCUUCUGCAGCAGCAGGAAAGAGUUAAGGAGGCGGCAGCACAGGGGUCAUCUGCACCUGAACCCUCACAGACACAACCUGUCACUCCAAAGCCACCUACGCCAGCCUCAAAGCAAUCCCAGGCUCCACCUACACAAAAGCAGGCGCAUUUGACCCCUCCUGCCACUAAUAAGCCCUCAGCGGAUUCGACACCAGACCUUCUAAGAAAGGAACCACAAGUUAUUAAGGGCCCAGUUGUGGUAAAAGAUCAGACAAAGGGAAAAGAGCAGGGGAAGGGAAAAGAGCAGGGGAAGGAAAAAGAGCAGGUGAAGGAAAAAGAGCAGGCGAAGGAAAAAGAGCAGGCGAAGGAAAAAGAGCAGGCGAAGGAAAAGGAGGGGUUCGAAAAGAAAGCCCAGGAACCGGAGGCAGACGAGAAACAGGAACACGUUACGAAGCCAGAGCCUGCAAAAGUGCGGAUACUGAACACCGAACAAAAACUGAAGGAGGAAAAGUGCCCAGUGUGUGGUGAACAUGCAGCUAAGUGGCGUAGGAAUGCGUCAGUAAAUACACCGCGUCAUUUUCUCAAGUCUGCUUCUCGUGAUGCACAGGUGCAGGCAGACUUCAUUCCAGUAACGGGGGAGGUUGGUGGUGCACCUGUGAAACUGGCUGUCGAGUGUGGCUCUCAACAGACACAGACUGUGGCACGUGUAGGGUCCUUUUCUUGUUUUGGCACCACAACUGAAAGAGUGAUAGAGCAGAGGCAAAUUCUACGGAAUCAUCUCCACAAGAGACUUCUGCAGUUGUACCAUGAAAAGGUAAUCGGCUGGACUGAGAUGAUGAUGUUAAGGAGUAAAGUGAAGAGCACAGUGCAGUCACUCCUUCCGUUGUCACUUGCAUCAGUUAAAGCAAAGAAAGUGGCUCGUUUACAAAAAUUGGCUGCGAAAAAGAAAAAGAAAGAAGGAAGUACUACGAUUGAAGCUCGAGCUGUUACACAGUUGUGUCUUCCAUUGUCACUUACAUCUGUUAAGAAAAAGAAGAAAAAUCUAGUGCAGAAUUUGAACUCUAAAAAGAAAAAGAAAAUGGGUAGUUUGCAGAAUUUGAAAGUGCAAAAAGCUGAGAAAAAGCAAAUGAAAUCUUCUCCUUUGCAUGGGACAGAAGAGUUAUUAGAAGAGAUUCAAAGGAGUGCAGAACAGGUUAGAUUAGGUAUGUACGUCGUAAGUAAGACACAUGUGCAUGGUGAGGGCGAAGUGAAUGCACCUGAUGUAAUGACCGUAGAUGAUGGCACGGAGGAGAUACAAAAAGGCAUUGAGGCUGCUCCUUAUCCAAAUAUUUGUGCUCCAGUGAAAUCAGCUGACAAAACUGGGGCUCCUGGCAAUGAGGUAGGUGCAGGAGAAAUAUUGAGGAGGCCAGGAGCUAUAACACCAACUGCUGAAAAUUUUAGUAACACUAACGAAAAUAACACUACUUCACCAGUAGGUGAUAGUAAUCGGAGUCCAGACCCUGAGAAGCAACAAUCUCAACAAGAGGGUGAACACACUCAAAACAUACAGAAUCUUGUUUCUUCCAAAUUGCCGGAUAAUGUAGAUGAUAAAAUGGCUGCUAGAGAAAAGACACAAGUAGAUGACACAGGAAAGGCUGAAGUGAAGACAAAUUCAGGAAGACAUGCAGAGGCAGAGAAAUCCCAAAAAGAGAGGACAGAUGAUGUUUCUCUAAAUGCAAGAACACUUGAGAAUCUGUCCAAACGAGGUCGUAGUUCAGACAGUCCAGUGCAGUGUGUUUCCCCCACAUUACAAAAAGAAGAGGAAAGCAAACCAUUAGUUACAAAAGAGAUAUGUUCAGAGAACUUGGAAAGUACUGAAGUGAGAAAAGGUGCGGAAACAGCAAUAGAAAGAGAAAAGAGUCCUUCAAAACUGAAGCAAGAUGCAGAAGGCAGUACAAAAGAGGUGGUAACAGUAGACUUGGAAAAUACAUAUAUGGAAAAAGAUGCAGAACCAUCUAAAAAAAUAGAGAAGCCUCUGUUGAAAGAACAGCAAGGUGGAGAUGACAGUAGAGAAGAGGUGGUAACAAUAGACUCCGUAAAUGCGGAAGUGGGAAAAGGUGUAGAACCAUCCAAAGAGAAAGAGAAGCCUAUGUUGAAAGAGCAGCAAGAUGGAGAAGAUAGUAGUAAAGAGGUGAAAACAAUAGACUUGGAAAAUAAGGGGGUGGGAAAAGAUGCAGAACCGACCAAAGAGAAAGAGAAGCCUGUGUUGAAAGAGCAGCAAGAUGGAGAAGACAGUAGAAAAGAGGUGGAAACAAUAGACAAGGAAAAUGCACAGGUGGGAAAAGAUGUAGAGCCACCCAAAGAGAAAGAGAAGCUUACAUUGAAAGAACAGCAAGAUGGGGAAGAUAUUAGAAAAGAGGUGAUAACAAUAGAUUUGGAAAAUAUGGAGAUGGAAAAAGAUGCAGAACCAUUCAAAGAGAAAGAGAAGCCUAUGUUGAAAGAGCAGAAAGAUGGAGAAGACAGUAGUAGAGAGGUGAAAAAGGUAGACAUGGAAAAUUUGGAAAUGGGAAAAGGUGCAGAAUCAUCUAAAGAAAAAGAAAAGCCUGUGUUGAUAGAACAGCAAAAUGGAGAAGACAGAAAGAAAGAUGUGGUAACAAUAGGCCUUGAAAGUAAGAAUAUGGGAAAAGAUGCAGAACCCUCCAAAGAGGAAGAGAGGCUUGUGUCAAAAGAGCAGGAAUGUGGUGAAAAUAGUAAGAAGAAAGAGGUGAUAACUAUAGAUUUGGAAAGUGAGGAGGUAGGAAAAGAUGCAGAACCACCCAAAGAGAAAGAUAAACCUGUGUUGAAAGAGCAGCAAGGUAGUGAAAACCUUAAAAGAGACAAGAGCUCAGAUGAUGUGGAAAGUGCUAAAAUGGACAAAGGUGCAGAGUCAUCUAAAGAGAAAAAGAUAUCACCUUUCAAAGAAAAGAGGGAUGAAGAAGACAGUAUAAAAGAAGUUGUAACAGUAGACUUGGAAGAUACAAAAGUGGAAAAAGAUACACAACCACCCAAAGAGGAAGGGAAGUCUCUGUUGAAAGAGCAGCAAGAUGGCAAAGACAGUAAAAAUGAGGUGAUAACAAUAGAUUUGGAAAGUGGGGAGGUAGGAAAAGAUGCAGAACCAUCCAAAGAGAAAGAGAAAGAGGAACCUAUGCUGAAACAGCAGCAAGAUGGCAAAGACUUUUUAGGCAGGAGUUCAAAUGAUGCAGAAAGUAGUAAGAUGGACAAAUAUGCAGAGUCAUCCAAAGAGAUGGGAAAUUCUGAUUUUAAACGGAAACAAGAGGAAGGUGAAGGAAACAGUAAAAAAUUGUGUUCCUCAGACACAGACACAGACAGUACCGAGAUGAAAAAAAAAGCAGAACUACCUAGAGAGAAAUCUCCUUCCAAAGAGAAGCAAGAUGGAGACCAUAAAAAAGAUAAGAGUUCAGAUGUCUCAGGAAAUUCUAAGUUGGGAAAAAAUACAGAGCAAUCUAAAGAGGAGAAGUCAUCUUCAAAAGAGGAGCAAGACAGUGGACGUAAUAAAAAAGACGCGAGUGUAAAGGGUUCAGAUAGUUCUGAGGUAGAAGGAGGUGCCGAGUCAUGCAGAAAGAGGGAAAAAUCUCCUCCUAAACGAAAGAGAGAUGAUGCUAGUUCUAGGGAAGGCUCACCUCCUCACAAGGCUAAACGAGCUGGCAGCCCAGCAGGACAAGUGAAGGAUACUGCUUCCGGCAGUCGUCCGCCAAAUACCGAAGGGGACUGGCGUGGGUCUAGCGGUCGUGGAAGGGGUCGAGGCACCGAAAGUAUAAGGGGCGAUCGUGGAAGGGGCAGAGGUAUGGACGAGAGAGGCUCUGGCAGGUGGAAGGGACGGCCAGAGGAAGAUGAUUUUGGUUCUUCGGGCAGAGGUAGGGGUCGAUACCGCAGUAGCCCCCCUCUGUGGGACAGGUCGGGGCGAGGCAGUUCGCCUCCGUUGGACAGGUCGGGGCGAGGCAGUUCGCCUCCGUGGGACAGGUCAGGUCGUGGCAGCCCCCCUCUAUGGGACAGGUCAGGUCGUGGCAGCCCCCCUCUAUGGGACAGAUCGGGUCGUGGCAGCCCCCCUCCGUGGGACAGGUCAGGGGGAGGCAACUCCCCUCCAUGGGACAGAUCAGGACGUGGAAGGAACUUUGACAGUCAUAGGGAACUUGAUAGUGAUUGGCCCAGAGAUCGUGACACCAGAAGCAGAAAUUAUGAUGGAUCACCUUCUUGGAAUCGUGGCAGAGAUUUUGAUUCUAUGUCCGGGAGGCGGGGAGAUUACCGUGAUGAAUUUGAAAGUCCGUCACUGUCUCGGAGGUCGAGGGGCUACGAUGGCGAUUUUGAAGUUCCUCCGAUGGGGGGAAGGUCGAGUCACUAUGACAGUGACUUCAAUGUUCCUGCCAUGGGGGGUAGGUCGAGGGGUUAUGACGAUGACUUUGGUGGAAGCAGGCGGUAUGAUGAUAUGGACAGAGAGUGGGGCCCGAGCAGGGAUUAUGGUGGAGGAGGUGGUGGCGGCUCUUGGAGAGACAGGUAUUAAGCCACAAAAUGUAUUCCUUGAAACUAAAAUUUAUGACACCAUAUUUUAUGUGGUGUUAAUGAAAUUUGUAGCUACUUGUAUGUAAUGAUGUCUCAUAAAUUGAAUGGCUAUCACAAACGCAUAACAACAGUGAGUGAUUAUGUAGUAGUAUUUGCACCACACUCACACAAAUUUUGGUUUCACAUGAGAGUAAGUUUUUGUUUGGUGCUUAUCAAAUGAUAAAUAAAUAAGUGAAAAAAGUGAAAUAUGAUUGUUAUCAACUUUUCAAUAUAGAGUACUGUAUGCCACUUACGCAACAUAUUCUUGGUGAUGUAGGCAGUAGACAUUCCAUUUUUCACUACAAAUUGUCUUCAUAAUGAUCAAAAAGUAUCAUUAAUAAAGCUGUACAUUCAAAAUUAUUUACCAGUUUUAGUUUCAAGCUGUUUUCAUUAAUUUUUUAGUUGAGACCAGUGUAUAUUGUGUGUGCAGAUAUUAAAAUCUUUAUUGUUUUUUGUGCAAUGAAUCUGUUUCAUUCAUUUUCUUUCUCUGUCAAUAAAAGGCGCAGUAGUACUGUGAUUAUGAUGUUUGUUUAAAUGCAUAAUAUUAGAACAUUGUUGGCUUGUUCACAUAGCAUUUGAAAUGAGCUAAUCAUAUGUACUUGAAAAUUUGUCAAUGUGGAUUCAAUUUUAUGUGGUCAGAUGCACUGUUGUGAUUUGUAAUGUAUGUAGUUCUAGUGUAUGAUAUCUCGAAAUAAA